AUGGCCGUCUAUGGAAAGAUCGACACCUACGAGUUCGAUACGAAUUGGGACGAAUAUAUCGAAAGGUUAGAGCAUUUUUUCACUGCCAAUGAAAUUGACGAUAAUGACAAGAUGAAGUCUAUAUUGUUGACAGUGUGUGGCCAGAAAAUGUACGGACUUAUUCGUAAUUUAACGUCCCCGCAAAAGCCAUCUGAUAAAUCAUAUGCCGAUUUGAAAACAUUGAUUGCACAACACUUGAAACCUAAACCACUGGCGAUCGCAGAACGAUUCAGAUUUUACCAGAGAAAUCAGGGCAAACAGGAAACUGUGAGUCAGUAUAUGGCUGAACUUAGAAAGCUAAGUGAACACUGUGAUUUUGGCGAAUUCUUGAAUCAAGCUCUACGUGACCGUUUAGUGUGUGGUCUUUCAUCGGUGGCAACCCAGCGAAAAUUACUGGCGGAAGACAAGCUUGACUUGAAAAAAGCCAUGGAGGUAGCAAUUUCUAUGGAGCUCGCGGAGAAUGAAGCCCGUAAAUUAAAGGUUGACGCGCAGGAUGUUCAUGGACAUGAAAGUGUACACAAAGUAAGUGUAACAAAAGGUAAACCUUGCUACAGGUGUGGAAAAACUAACCAUACUCCAGACCAGUGCUUUUACAAAAACAGUAAAUGCCACACGUGCAAUGAAAUUGGACAUAUACAUAAAAUGUGCUCAAAAAAGAAAUCAGUCCAACGUAAGAAACAAAAAAGGAAGUCCAAGCUAAAUUUUGUGUCCGAGAAUCAAGAAGAGGAUAACAGUGGAAAUGAACAUUGGCCUAUUUUCUCACUGUCAGGGGAACAUGGAAGGGUCAAGGAGAUAAAGAUAUCAUUGACACUGGAAGAUGAACCCAUAGAAAUGGACUUGGACACUGGCGCUUCUAUAUCAGUGAUAUCGGAACAACAGUACAAGGCCAAGUUAGAGCAAAAAGUGACAUUGCGUCCAAGUACUGCUAUUCUGAAAACUUACUCAGGAGAAAUGUUAGGAGUUCUGGGUGAAGUGAAUGUACAUGUGAAAUAUCAGACACAAAAUAAAUUCUUACCUGUUGUCGUGGUGAAAGGAAAUGGACCAGCAUUAUUUGGUAGGAAUUGGAUGGAAGCUAUAAAACUGGACUGGCAGUCAAUUCAUUUUGUGGCUGGGGAUUUGAAAAAGUAUUCAGUGUUUGAUAACAAACUGGGAUGUAUCAAAGGUGUAACAGCAACCUUGAAAGUCAAGGAGGAUGUUCAACCAAAAUUCUUCAAGCCACGACCAGUGCCAUUCUCUCUGCGUGAUAAGAUAUCUGCUGAGUUAGACCGACUUGAGCGGACAGGCAUCCUAAAGAAAAUUGAGUGUUCGGACUGGGCAGCGCCAAUAGUCCCAGCAAUGAAAGCUGAUGGAUCUGUACGAAUAUGUGGAGACUUUAAAGUUACUGUAAAUCCAUACCUGGAUAUUCCGGAAUACCCUUUUCCGACAAGUGAGGAGUUGUUCACAAAGCUAAAUGGUGGAGAAAAGUUCUCUAAGUUGGACUUAUCUCAAGCUUAUAACCAAGUAGUUUUGGAUGAAGAAUCUAGGAAGUAUGUGACAAUAAACACACAUCAAGGACUGUACCAAUAUACUCGUUUACCUUUUGGCAUUGCGUCAGCUCCUGCUAUUUUCCAGCGCACCAUGGAUACGAUUCUCCAAGGUCUCGACAAAGUUGGAUACAUACUUGAUGAUAUCUUAGUAACCGGUGCAAAUGACAAUGAACACAAACAUAUCUUGGAAAAUACACUUAAACGAUUAGAUAGUUAUGGUGUGAAGUUGCAAAAGUCCAAGUGUCAGUUCAUGCAGGACCAAGUCGAGUACUUUGCGUUUGUGGUGAGCAAGGAGGGAAUUAAACCUUCACCGAAGAAACUUGAGGCAAUUCAGAACAUGGAGGAUCCAAAGUCUAAGAAGGAACUACAGAUAUGGUUGGGAAUUGUGAACUAUUAUCGAAAAUUUAUCCCAAACAUGUCAACACUUAGUGGACCACUUACACAUCUGUUGGCUAAAGAUGUUCCAUGGAACUGGACUCAAGAGUGUUCUGAAGCCUGUGUCAAGGUCAAAGACCUGCUGGUUUCCUCACAGGUAAUGGCUCACUAUGACCCUCACAAACCGCUGGUGUUAGCUGUAGAUGCUUCUGGAUAUGGAUUAGGUGCUGUGAUCUCGCAUACCGAUGGUGUGAAUGAAAAACCUAUUGCAUAUGCUUCACGAACAUUGACCUCAGCUGAGAAAAACUAUUCGCAAAUAGAAAAGGAGGCCUUAGCAAUAAUCUUUGGAGUGACAAAAUUUCAUUCAUAUUUGUAUGGGCGGAUGUUCACGCUUAUCACAGACCACAAACCCUUAACUAGCAUAUUUGGACCUAAGAAAGGCAUUCCAAUUCUAACUGCUUCGCGAUUGCAGCGAUGGGCAAUUCAACUGUCAUCUUACCAGUUUGACAUUAAAUAUCGAGCUACUGGGAAACAUCAAAAUGCGGAUACCCUCUCACGUUUUCCAAUGGCGUGUGUUGACCAAGAGUCAAGGACACAGUUUGAUAGAGAGACUGAACAAAUUCACAAAAUACAGAUAAGAAACUUACCUGUGACCGCGGAUAAAGUGGCUGCUGCAAUAAAGAAUGAUGUGGUACUUUCCCGUGUAAUGGAGUUUACUAGGAGUAGUUGGCCAAGUUUACAACCUGACACUAAUUUGUUACCAUAUUUCCGAGUUCGAAAUGAGCUUACCAUUGAAGAUGGAUGUUUACUUCGAGGGAUCAGAGUGAUUAUCCCCGAAAAGUACAGACAGGAUGUACUGGAGGAGUUACACGUUUCUCAUCCUGGAAUGGUCCGGAUGAAAUCAUUAGCCAGACUUCAUGUAUGGUGGCCCGGAUUGGACUCUGAUAUAGAGACAAAGGUCUCUCAGUGUGGACCUUGUAGAAGUCAGUUACCAAACUUACCAAAGGCUCCAGCAAAUCCGUGGUUAUGGCCUAGUGCACCCUGGAAAAGAGUGCAUAUUGACUUUGCAGGACCUUUCAUGCAACGUAUGUUCUUGAUAAUCGUGGAUGCGUAUUCUAAGUGGAUGGACGUAGUGAUGAUGACUUCUACUACUUCUGAAAAUACUAUCAAUGCAUUACGAUAUCUAUUCUCCUCAUAUGGAUUACCUGUGGAAAUUGUUUCGGACAAUGGACCGCAAUUUGUGUCAGAAGAUUUUGAGAUAUUUCUAAAGGAGAAUGGAGUACGUCACAUCAAGUCUGCACCAUAUCACCCUGCGUCCAAUGGAGAGGCGGAAAGAGCAGUGCGUACCUUUAAGCAGGCAAUGAAAAACAUGGCAAGUGAGACUGGGACUCUGAAUCAGAAACUUGCAGCAUUUUUAUUGUCAUAUCGCACGACACCUCAUACAACUACCAAAACAACACCUGGAGAGUUAUUUCUCAACCGCAAACUACGUACACGACUGGAUGUUGUGAAACCUCACAUGACAGAUCGUAUACAGCGGAAGUCAUUGCCAGCUGAGAAGAAGGUGCGGGAACAUCAGAUCGGUGACAAAGUCAUGGUUCGUGACUAUCGUGGAAGUAAAGUUUCGUGGAUACAAGGGAUCAUUGUGCGAAAACUGGGACCUGUUACUUACCGUGUGAAUAUUUAUGGUAUGUUGUGGAAACGACAUAUUGAUCAGAUUCGUGAAUGUGGUAUGUGUGAGUUAGGCAGUCCGGAAUCCGUGAAACCAAAUCCUUUAAACAGCAUUGUGCCUGUUAAUGCACCAUUAGAGAGCCAAGGUGAACAAUUAGAUACUCCUUCUAUCGCUGAUGUACCGUCAUGCCAGGAUUCUGUGUCCAAUAAUCCGAUUGUAGAGGACAAUUCCAAACGUUCCGUUGUCAAUGCGCGAAAUUCGGACAAUAAUUCAGUACAACCGCGAUAUCCACGUCGUCAACAUCGCAAGCCUGAAAGACUUAUUGAAAAGUGUUAA